GCACGGUUCAUUGUUAAAUUCCAGCUGAAAUUUCAGCUUAAUUCCUCCAAUAACUAUCUAUUUGCAUUAUUAUAAAUUUCUACAUCAUGUUCAAAAGUGUGUUGCUCAUCUGUUUCUUUAUACUAGUUUUGAAUGAAGCAUCUGUGCCGAAAACCGUUCAGGUUUUUAUCGGAGAUUCUGUAGUUUUGCCGUGUCAUUCUCCCAGGCAACUUACUCUAUUUACUGCAUACUGGAGAUAUGAGGACAGCAAGAAUGUUUAUGACAUACAAGAUGGCAUAGGGUUGACUAAGGAGCAGGACCCAGUGUACAAAAGCAGAACUGAAAGUUUUCCUGCCGAAUAUUCAAAAGGAAACUUCUCCCUCAAACUUAGGAAACUUCAGAAUAUUGAUGCAGGGUCGUUCUGCUGCUUCCUCCCUGAAUUUAAUUCUCUUCAAAUAUGCACAGUGCUUCAAGUCAAAGAGAAACCAAGGGGAAUCCAAGAGAAGCCUGGCUCACACCGUGGUGUUGAAUCCAAAGCGGAGAGGAUUGUCUCUCUGUUGAAUCCUCUCUUCGCUGGGACUAUUCUGCUCUGGUUGUGUGAGUGGUGAUUGUGGGUAGUUAAGCAGUGUGUGCUUUAAAAGC